AGAAUGCAAGAUUUUCCUCUAAACAGUGGAAAGAGUCAUCAAUAUGAAUUUUAAAAUGAUCAAGAUUACCAUUUACCAGCUAUAAUUUCAUGUUUGCCUGAUCAAUCAGUUUGAGGAUUUGCUGACUUUCGUAAACUGUACACACAUAUUAUUAUUAUUAUCAUCAUCAUUAAAAAUGGUUGACUGUUGUUGUAUCAUGUUUGCCUGAUAAAAUGCUUGAAAAACUAGUGUCUCCAAGCUUGACUAGCUCAGCAAAGUGAACACACAUUCAAGAUGACCAAGGCUUGAAGUGAAUUGUCAAUUGAACUGUCUAAUUCGUCUAAUAUUUUAUCUGUUUAUUAUUGUAUGUUAUUAAUUUAUCACUCAGUCAAAAAGGAUUAUAAUCAAACUAUUAAUUAAUAAUUAAAGUUGAAAAAUAAUAUAAAAUAUAAAAUUUAUUCAAGUUAAUAAAUUUAAAAUAUAUUUGAGGUUAUGUCAAAGGUUUAAUUUUCGUUAUAAAAAAAUAGAUAAUUGUUUAUAAUUUAAUUGCCAAGAUGGAGGAUCAAACUUGUCCUCGUUGUAAAACAACGAAAUAUCGAAAUCCAUCACUAAAAUUGAUGGUAAAUAAUUGUGGACAUUCAUUAUGUGAGAGUUGUGUUGAUAUGUUAUUUUUAAAAGGCUCUGGUUCAUGUCCAGAAUGUAAAAUUCCACUUAGACGUACAAAUUUUCGUGUACAAAUGUUUGAAGAUCCAAUGGUUGAAAAAGAAGUUGAUAUUAGAAAAAGAAUAUUACGUGAUUAUAAUAAAAAAGAAGAAGAUUUUAAUACAUUAAAAGAAUACAAUGAUUAUCUUGAAGAAGUUGAAACAAUAAUAUAUAAUUUAUCAAAUGACAUUGAUACACAUGAAAUGAAUAAAAAAAUUGAUCAAUAUAAAAAAGAUAAUAAAGAACAAAUAAUGAAAAAUAAAACAAAAAUUGGUAGAACUGAAGCUGAAUUACAUGAAUUAAUUGAAUUAGAUAAAAAAAGAGAAGAAGAACGUAAAAUUGAAUUAUUACGUGAAGAAAUGUUAAUUAAAAAACAAAAAAUACGUCAUAAAGAAAAAUUAAUUGAUGAAUUAAUGUUUACUGAUGGUAAUGCUAAAAAUAUUGUUAAUACAUUUGCAACAACAAUACAAUCAUCAAAUGAAAAAUUAAAAGCACCACCACCACCAACAUCAUCAUCAUCAAUAGCAGUUAGACAAACACAAUUUAGUACUGGUAUUAAAUUUGGUCAACAAAAUACAACAACAUAUUUACCAAUACCUAAAAUUGAAGAAGGACCAUUGUAUCAUUAUGAAAAACCACAUCAAGAAAAUGAUGGUCCAGAAGCACCAGUUUAUCAUAAAAUAACAUCACGUGGUUAUAUAACACAUGUUAGAAAAGAAACACCAAGUGAAAGAGCUGGUGGUUUUAGAGCAACAAUUGCAUGUUUACGUGCUCUUCAAGAUGCAAUGGCUGGUCUAUAUUAUAAUCCAUCACAAAGAUCUGAACCAAUGUUGUUGUGAUGUGUAUAUUAUCCAUUUUAUUUUGAUAUUAAUUAACACACAUUUAAAUAAAUAAAAAUAUUCGUUAAAAAUUCA